AUGAAGGUCUGCUGCGAGUACCCAGCAACGUCUAUUAUCGUUCCGGAAGUUACUGGCCUACGACAACCCGGCGGCCUUCCACUUUCUGAGAUUGAACUCACGUAUCACUGGACAACGACUACAUGCCACUCGUUAUCAGCAUGGCCUGCCGGCGCUGCUCGCGUACAAUCAAGUACAGAAGAAAUCGCAUUCAAAAACGAACACGUUCUACACCUCGUCUUCGCGUUCACCGCUCUCCAUCUCGCUUCAUGCCGGCCAGACCGCAAAGAAUCCUAUACUGCUACUGCAAACCAUCACUACGAAUGCGCGCUAGCACUCGUCACUCCAGAAAUAGCCAAACUCAACCCCUCCAACUGCGAUGCGGUUCUUCAAUCUGUCCAACUGAUUUGCUUUGUCAGUUGGGCGAGAGGACCGCAGGCUGGUGAAUACCUUGCUUUCGGUAAGCACGGUAGAUCGGAGUGGCUGGUCAUGUUUCGUGGUAUCCGCACGACGCUCAGUGCCUUUGAGAUCGACAACUUCGCGAAGACACAUGCGCCAGCAGUGCGUAACAAAAGUCGGCUUUUACCAGUGACAGACGGGCCAUUCGAGUUCGAAAGGCAUCUUGAAGAGCUGAAAGAGCACAUUGAAAUCGCGUCCGAGCCUUCUGAUCGCGACGACAAUGUGCUCAGCGUGAAUGUCCUCCAGGAGAUGUAUUUGAACCGCUACGGUGGUAAGGACGGUGAAUACCACGUGGCGUUUGGAUGGCUCUACCGAAUGAGCGAUGACUUCCUCGAUCGCCUGCAACAAUGCGAUCCGCUGCCACUCAUCAUCUACGCGCACUUUGUCGUUCUGAUGCACGACAUGGAAAGAUUUUGGUAUAUGAAAGGGUGGACACACCACGUUAUGAGUGGAAUCUUCGAAGCUCUGCCCACGGAGCAUAAGUCCUGGAUACGCUGGCCCAUGACCUGUGUCGGGUGGAUAGCACCUUAG